AUGUUCGGCGCCGACUUCCAGCGCGACGCCGAUGAUGUUGGCGCAUGUCGGCUGACGGUGGCGCCAGAGGACGACAGCGAAGGCCUGGCGCGUUUGGCCCUGCUUCCUGCGCCGCUGGCGGCGCAGGCCACGUACCCAUCGGAGUUUCGUUUGGACUGGUGUGUUGGGGAGCAAUGCUUCGACCAUUCCAUCAGCUGUGCGCAGUUUCAGAUGCGGCUCAAGGCCUACUACCAGGAGAAGCGACGUCCGCCGUUGCGCGAGGCCUUCUUUCUGGCCACGCUGCCACCAGUGUAUCAGCGUGAAAUGCUGCUGGGAUGCCCUGGCAUGGUGGUGCUGGCGCAUUUGCUGCUGGCAGAAUCACGUUUAUACACCCACGAGGUGAACGAGGCUUUGGAGUUGGUGGCCCGUGCAGAGGAGAUGAUGGAUAUCCCUGAGGUGGCGGGCGUCCACGCGGAGGGAGUCAAGAAGGCCUGGCCCUGGAAUGACGCCAUGGAACGCAUCGAUGAAACACUGCUGUGGCGCCAUGACGCUGGCAGAAAAUCAUUGUCCACGGACAUUGUCUUGCCUCAUUGCCGCGAGGAUUUGUCAUGGCUAGGAAACAGCUCUUUGGUUCAGUUCCUGCCGGCGCGGACGCGGGUUUUCAUCUACGAGAAAUGUGGAGGAGAUGAACGUCUACUGCAUCAGCUGCAAGCUGUUUUACCCGCAAAUGUGCAGCUGGUCUUCACUCGCCUGGACGAUCCGGCAGACCCGGCCACGGGGCAAGCGGCGCGAAGGGACGAGUGCACGGCGUAUCUGAGCCACGUGGUGAUGCAUUGGGAGGACCUGGCGGAGGUCACACUCUUUCUGCAUGGCGACCCAUCCGACCAUACGCCGUUCGGUCUGUUGAACCUGGUUUUUCGGGGACUGACUUUGGGGACCUUCAGUCAGUUAGACUUCGUGCAUUUGGGUGCACCGAGAUUAGUGGCCACCUACAAUCCUUGUCAAGAUGACAUCUAUCAACGUGCCUUCGGUCGCCCCUCUCAACAUCGACUCUUCACGUACUGCUGCUCACAGUUCUUGGUGUCCAAGCGUCGCAUCCGUGCGCGGCCCCUGGGGGACUACGUGCGCAUGUUGCAACUGGUGGAUGGCACUGUGGCGGAUCAGUGUGAACGGAUCGGUCCAUCCUACGAGAAGUAUGCGGGGCAACGGCUCUCGCACUGUUUCUUCUUGGAGUUCAUGUGGCACGUGGUCUUUGGUCAAGACGAUGAACUUCCUUCGCGCGCGGAUGAUGUGACCCUGCCGGUGUCUUUACGUUUGAAAGACAACGAGGAGCGUCCCCCCAGCAUUUGGAAGAGCUAUGUGACGCCCUUCAUCGGUGGACAUGCGACCUUCGAAGGCCAAGGGCAUGAAAACUGGCGGAAGCAUUUCAACAUGAACGUGGAUUUAGGCCGUCCCAUCCAGAAGAACUUCGGCUAUGUCUACGCCCGCGUGGAACUGUCCGUGCAGCUGCCUGAGGGAUAUCCAGCCACUGCCGCGCCCAUCAUCGAGCUGAAGCCGGCAGGCGGGUUGUCGGAAGAAGCCCUGCCAGCGGAGCUGUUGCAGAGCUCACUUGAGCCACUGGUGACCAACACCUUGGAGGAGUGUCAGGGAAUGGUGGCACUCUUCAUGGUGGCAGAGGCAGUCAGGGACUGGCUUCGAGAGCACGGGCGUAUGGAACGGCCUGUGAAGGAGGAGGCCGUUUCCGGCGCCGUUUCCGAGAAGCCCUGCCGGGGUUCCGGCGACGACGACUUCGACGUGGAUUCGGAGGACUUGGACGGUGAACUCAUCGACGCCCUGCUGGAACUCAUCCACUGCUCGAGUCGAAGUGUAGCACACGUGACGCGCUUCUUCGCGGAUCUUUACCGUUCAGCCAUGUUGUCACAAUUGUCUGCGCUCGUCCAGCAGAUCUGCAGCUUCAACCUAUUUCCAGAGAUUCAGGCCUCAACGGCGCCGGUGCUCCUUGGUUCGCCCAUGAACCGAGGCGCAUUUGUUGGACCACAGGUCCCUGCUUUGAAGCUGCGGGAGCUUCCUCACUCGCAGUCCAAAGAGACAAUCGCGACGAUUCCUAGCACUGCCUUGAAGUCGCCAUGUGCUUUGGCUUGGAUGGGCCGUGCUGAGAUAGUUGCUGCUUAA